AUGCUCUGGAACCUCUCCAGUGUUAUCCCCACCUCACUAGAUUCCUACAGCGCAGACAACAGCAUUGAAAAGGAAGAACUUUCAGUGUCAGCCUUAAUCGAGAAAGCUAACAAGAAUAUUGGCCAAAAACCUGAUAAGCCAUUCAUCAUCUUUGGAGACAUUGCUGUCAACAUUGGAUUGCAGAACGCUGAUCCCUGCACAUCCCGUAAAUGCAAAUGGGUCAAGCAUCCUAAUGGGACAGUUUAUGUGCCCUAUGUCAUCUCCAACCAGUACUCAACAUGUGAGAAGAGUAUCAUUGAAGAGGGUCUGAAAUCCUUUCACUCCUCCACCUGCAUCCGAUUCAUACCCCGGACCACAGAGAAAGACUAUUUGGAUAUUAAGAGUGACGAAGGGUGCUAUUCAUAUGUUGGGCGCCAAGGUCGUGGUCAGGUGGUGUCCCUGGCACAGCAGGGCUGUGUCUGUCAUGGUAUUGUCCAGCAUGAGAUCCUGCAUGCCCUCGGUUUCGUUCAUGAGCAGACGCGCAGUGACCGAGACCAGCACGUCAAAAUCCUAUAUGAAAACAUCGAACCUGAUAUGGAGAGUAAUUUUAGGAAAAUCGAGACAAACAACCUUGAGACUCCGUAUGACUACAACUCAGUGAUGGAAUAUGGGAGGUAUGCCUUCUCCAAAAACAAAAAGCCCACCAUCAUUCCAAUCCCGGAUGAAAGUGUGGAAAUCGGGAAAGCCAAAGAGAUGAGUCCCAAUGACAUUCUGCGAGUCAACAGGCUGUACGAGUGCUCAGCCACUUUACUGUAUAAUCACAAAUUUUAA